AUGUCUGAUAUCACAAUCGCGGGCAAUACAGUUUGGGAUCCAAAUGCAUGUUCGCAAAGCAGGAACGUCUCGAGCGAUCCCGCAACGGAUGAUCUCCUACCCCCUUUUCCACAGCUCGCUACGGACGAAGAACGGGAGAGGAAAGCAGAAACAUCGAGACCUGGAACAUAUCACAUCAUCGUCAUUCCGGAAAGUUUUACGCAUCUUCCGGAGUACAUUGAGGAUGCUUCUGAGGAAGAGCUUAGAGAUACAAUCCCAAGUCCUUUGUGCGGGAACACCGAGACCGCCCACUUCACGAACAAUCCGGAGCUUGAAGAUUCCAACGUGGUCAUCCUGAAACAAUUCAAAGACUCCAAACGGUCAUCGUCUUCUCAGUAUCGGAGUGCAAGCCAUUCACCGACAUCCGACUUGCGCGAGUCUUCUCUUUCCGCCGCCACAACUGAUGCGACAUCUCAGAAUGCCGCAGAUGACGACCCAAUUCUGGACAUGUUGGAACAGGAGAGUCUAGAGGCGAUUCUUCUCGGUCAUUUUCGCGAUGUGGUGUGGAUGCAGCUCGUUCCAACCGGAGGGAUCUUCAACUUUGCGGGUGGAAGCUCACUAGACGCCGAUGUCUUCGACCGUGAAUCCACAAACUUCCCUCCUCUCUUCCAUGCGAUGAUGGCAAUUUCCGCCCUCAGUCUCGACCGAAAAAGUGGUAGCCACAGUAUAGACGCUCUGCAUUACUAUCACCAGGCAUUUCUAUCACUCCAAAAUAACAUAUGGAGCGACAAAGACCUAUUAUUGGAUGGCCUUUUCCUGACGCAUUUCUUGCUUUUGGCGUACGAGCUUGCGGCAGCUGAGCUUGAUGGCUCGAAUUUAUGGUCUCACCACAUCUCCCGAUUACUCCACAUAUCGGCUCUUCGGCGCUCAACGUUCGGGACCGAGCCAUACCCGCACAUAAUCUGGUGGAUUUGCAGCGUUGAUCUUUACGCUCUUUUAAGCGGAGCGGGGACUGGGUCUUUUGUCCAGGAAGCGUUGGAGAAUCCAGCUCUGCUCCCUGGGCUUGGUGCUUUCCAGCAGUCUAUGCAUAUCCAAAGCUAUCGCAGUGUCUCUCUUGAAGACGGUGAUUCCUUGAUUGUAUUACGGCUGUACCAUGAUACUUUCAAGCUCGCUGCAAGACUCGGAUUCCUUGCAGCGGAGUCACGCAGAAUCAACCUGCCCUUUCCUUGUUCCCAUCACGACCAACCUCAAAGGGAAGUUUGCGACUGGCGCGAAGCGUUGUGGCUGUUGUGGAACUCGCCAGAAGCCCAGUUUCUCGUGCGGGCACAAGAGAGCUUACCACUAUUUUUACAAGAAAUCCUCUGGCAGACCUCUCUGUUAUACCAUACCUCACUCCUCUUCUCCUACACCAGUCUCUGGCCUGGGCAGUGUUUCGGUCCCGGAGCUGCGUCUCAAGAAGAACUUCGCCACCAUGCUGCAGCUGUCUUCAGCGUCGCAGAAUCUGUUAUGGCGCAAAGCAAAGAGAAUGGCUGGCGCUCUGUGACCUUUCCCAUUUUCCUGGCGGGAUCCGUCACCCCUUCCAGCGAUCUCAAAGUGAUAGCCCUGGACAUGCUUUCCAGGUUAGAGGCGCAAGAGAUCGGCCGCAAUGCAACAAGUAUCCGAUACCUAUUUCAGGUGGUGUAUGAGCGACAGAUGCAGCAAUCCCAGGGCGUCGGCCAUCCGGGGAGCGCUGACUGGGUCGAGAUUCUUGCGGAACACGGUCUGUCUCUGGUGACUUACGGGUGA